CAAUUUACAAAAAAGAAAAAAAAUAAUUAAAAGUAAAACCCAUAAAUUAAUUAGUUAAUUACUAAUUAUUAUUAUUAUUAUUAUUUAAAUGAAAAGUAUUUGGUUAUUGCUUCGUUUAUUUACUUUGGAGUUUGGUCUGUUAGAAAAGACAGAUCUCUCUCUCUCUCUCUCUCUCUCUCUCUCUCUCUCUUCACAAUUCGAAGCUUGAGCUCUCCAACAAUGUCCGACGACCACCACGAUGAACCACCGGUUCAGCAGAACGGAGGCCUGGAAUCUGAGCCACUGCCAAUUCAAGAACCUGAAACUGUACCAACACCGGAGCCACAAUCUGAAUCAAAUUCGGAGUCGCAACAAGAAACGGAAGCUGAUUCAGAUCCGAAAUUGAACGCAUCCACCGGAGAAACCUCGAUCCGAUCCAAUGAUGACUCCGCCACACAAGAGACUGUUUAUCCUGAGCUGCGUAAGGACCAAGGGAAUCGAACAUUCACCAUGAGAGAGUUGCUUAAUGGUCUCAAAACUGAUCAGGGGAACGAUUCUACCGCUAAUGAUACAUCAUCUCUUUACAGUCAAGAAACUCCUCAUCAAGAAGGCACAGAUCAGAACAAUGCUGCAAUGGACUUGAUUAAUAGCGUCACGGGUGUUGAUGAAGAAGGUCGUUCACGCCAAAGAGUUCUUACAUUUGCUGCCAAGAGGUAUGCAAGUGCAAUAGAGAGAGAUCCAGAAGAUUACGAUGCACUGUACAAUUGGGCAUUGGUUCUUCAGGAAAGUGCUGAUAAUGUUAGUCCAGAUGCUACCUCACCUUCUAAAGAUGCUUUACUUGAGGAAGCUUGUAGAAAAUAUGAUGAAGCUACUCGCCUUUGCCCAACACUUCAUGAUGCCUUUUAUAAUUGGGCCAUAGCAAUAUCUGAUAGAGCAAAAAUGCGUGGCCGUACAAAGGAAGCUGAAGAGUUAUGGAAACAGGCUACAAAAAACUAUGAAAAGGCUGUCCAGCUUAAUUGGAACAGCCCACAGGCACUUAAUAACUGGGGACUUGCUCUGCAGGAACUGAGUGCAAUCGUGCCUGCAAGAGAAAAGCAAACGAUUGUAAGAACUGCCAUUAGUAAGUUCCGUGCAGCUAUUCAAUUGCAAUUUGAUUUCCACCGAGCAAUUUACAACCUUGGAACUGUUCUGUACGGAUUAGCAGAGGACACUCUAAGAACCGGGGGAUCUGGCAAUCCCAAAGAUGUUUCUCCAAAUGAGUUGUACAGCCAAUCUGCUAUAUACAUUGCAGCUGCUCAUGCAUUGAAACCAAAUUACGGUGUUUAUAGUAGUGCCUUACGGCUUGUGCGCUCCAUGCUUCCUUUACCCUAUCUUAAAGUUGGGUAUCUAACUGCACCACCCGCGGGGAAUCCCAUUGCACCUCAUAAUGAGUGGAAACGCUCACAAUUUGUUUUGAAUCACGAAGGCCUUCAACAGAUUAGCGUAGGUGAUCAAAGACAAGGAUCAGGCUUGUCUGGUAUGUCAGGCGAUGCAGCCAAGAUGGACAAAAAAGCUAUCAGAGUUGAUGUUCCAGAUAUUGUUUCUGUAUCAGCUUGUGCUGAUCUGACUUUACCACCCGGUGCAGGCCUCUGCAUCGAUACAGUUCAGGGAACUGUCUUUUUGGUUGCUGACUCUUGGGAAUCCCUCGACGGGUGGCUCGACGGGAUCCGCCUAGUUUACACAAUCUACGCACGGAAUAAGAGUGAUGUACUAGCAGGUAUUAUAGCAUAACUUUGUUGAGUCGAUGUACAAUAAUAUAUGAACUAAGAUUACUUUCUCUUAGAGUUAUUUGUAUAUUGCAAAUUUUUUGAGAUGGCAUGCCUAUUUUACUUGUUAUUUCUUCAAUUAAUUCAGAUGGUUUCUCUUACAUUUAUGUAGUUUUGUUUAUUUAGACUUUGAAUUCAGUAUCAACAUUUUAACUCAAA